CUGAAGCCAAGAACUCUGCCUCCAGAUCCACUGUGCCACUGUGUGGCACAAAGAAGAAGCUCUGGCACAUCAGUGACAACACCAUGAUGAGCAGCAUGAAUGUCAGGGCCUCAGUUAUUGAAGUCUUCUUAUGUCUUUGGGGAUUUUAUUUGUCUCCAAGGAGCACUGGAUGGAAGGGUUUGUUGCAGCAUUUUGGAGUGUGCUGUGUGGUUGGUUUCAUCUCAACUGUGCUGUUAUAUCUUGGCUUGUAUUGGUUCCUGUCAUCCUCGGCAAUCUUCUUCAUUCCUUUCUGGAUUAUUAUGUCAAUCCUACUGUGUUGGUCCAAGCAUAUACGCUGCUUUGCUAUUCUCUUCUUUCUCUCCUGUGGACUACGUGAAGGCAGAAAUGCUCUGAUUGCUGCUGGAACAGGGAUCGUGACAUUUGGCCAUGUGAAAAAUAUCUUCCAUAAUCUGAAAGGCCUGCUGGAAGGGAUAACCUGCAACCUCAGUAUCAAAUGCUUUGCUAUCCAUUUCCCUCUCUUAAACAAAUACAUUGAAGCAAUUCAAUGGCUUUAUAGUCUUGUCACAGAUAUCAAUCUGUUUGAAGAGAUUGUCUCUUGGAAUCACACUUUGGCCAUGUCUAUUCUAAGUCCCAGCAAAGCCUUUGAGAUUAAGCUAAAUGACACCAAACGAGAAAUCCUAAGUGUGAUAGAUCAUGUAACCACUGUCACAGAGGUGGCGUCUUCUCUGGGCCAAGGGCUAUUGACUAUCACUGGGUUUGCUCUAGUCCUACUCAGCACAGGACUCUUCAUGAAACGCUUCUUGGGCUCUCAUAACUGUAGAUUUGAAAACAUCUACAUCACCAGGCAUUUCAUUCAGUUUGAUGAAAGUGAGAGGCAUCACAAAAGGCCCUGUGUCCUUCCACUUAGUAAGCGGGAAAGAGAAAAAUACAUUAUUAUUCCUUCCAUCUGCUUGGCUCCUAAGGAGAAGAGAAGCCUUGGACUGUUUUUCCUCCCCAUACUGACUAAUCUCUAUGUCUGGGCCAUGUUUGCAGCCAUGGAUUAUGGACUGUAUCAGCUCAUUUCUUCAGUAAACAAACAUCUCCAAAACUUGCCAGGAAUGGAGGUUCACUUGAAACUGUACAAUGAGGUGAAGGGAAAUCAUGACAUCAUAAGUGACUCUUACUUUAAUAUAUCCCUGUUUGAGCCCAACUGCAUCCCCAAACCUGAACUCUUUAUGUCUAAAACAUGGAUCCCACUAAGUGUCAUCAUCCUGGUGUUGGUUGUGCUGGGUCUGCUGUCCUCCAUCCUGAUGCAAUUUAAAAUCCUAGUGUCUGGGUCAUUCUACCCUGACAUAGAGAGGGACCGGAUACAAUAUCUGCAUGCCAAGAUCCUCAGGAGAAGAUCCAAGCAGCCACUGAGGAAAGGAAAAAAGAAACUGAGGCAGUUUGUCACAGAGCUACAUUUCUGGUUUCCCAUCCUGAAAAUGUUUGGGGAGAGCAAAGCAUCCUCUGAAAAUGAAAACAAUCCUUGAAAAAUUCCAAGCAGCUCUUCAGCUAAAUUUAUCUCAGCAGCUCCCCUCAGAUUUAUGGAUGGUUGGCACAUGUCAUGGUUCAUUCUCAACUGUAUGGAAAUGUGACAUUUGCUUUCAUUUUAUAGGCUUAGAAUUUUCAGGGCCAGCACUCCAGAACUCUAGGGGCUGCUUAUUUCCUCCAGGGUACAUAUUAUGUGCAACUAGCCUGGGCUGCCACUGGUUUGGCAGAAGGGAGAGGGUCAAGCAGAGGAGGAGUCUGAUUGUAACUUUGUAAUGAGGAGCAUGGUGAUGUGGAGAAAAGGAAAUAAGCAUUUAUAUAGCACCUACUAUGUGUCAGGCACUGUGC